UCAACGGCGAGCGCUGUUCGCGAGCGGAAUUCCGCGGCAAUAUAUAGAGCAAAACAAAGGCGGCAAACGAAAAACUACAGAAAAUAAAUAAAAGGAAAACAGCAAACACGAAUUAGUGCUCUAUGUAAAAGUCCAAAAAACGAACCGAAAAUUGGACAAGUGUCGCCGGCGGUGGGCAAUCAAAAAAUAAAACAUUCAGGGCAUCACAGAUGCCGCGAUGACGGAGCCAAUUAGUGCGGCGGUGCAGCGGCGGAGGCAACUGCUCCGCAGCGUGGAAAGUUUGCGCGGUCGUGUUCGUCAAGUGCUAAAAUGUGUUAUUAAUCUGCAUAUUGAGUUUUUGGUGCUCGAAUCCGAUGUGGCCGCUCUGCUGGAUGAGGUGCGCGAAUUCAACGACGACCACGAGGAGAUGCGGCGCCUGGACAGGAUGAUCGAGGCUCUGAGGGACUACAGCGGACCCACGAUAUGCCACGAGUGGCCAUAUCCCCUCAUCUUCAAAGGCACAAUCGACGAGGCACAUGUCGCACAAAUACUCAAUGCCAGCGAUCUGGAUUUGGAUACGAAGUUGGUCAAGGUGUCCGGCGGAAGGAACUGCAUCCAUGUGGAAUCCGAUGUGGCCACAGCUCAAAGGCGCUCCAGAUUGCUGUGGUUCUCCAGAAGAAGCAGGGGGAAACGAGCUGAGCGUUUAAAGGAUCCUAAUCCAACAGUUUGAGCUUAUCUCUGAGAUUUAAACUAGUCCGAAAUGCAUGUGAACAAAGUAUUGUAGCCCAAGCUAUAAUCUGCCAUUACAAAAGAGCCGAAGUGCAAUCAAAAUAAUUAAAGGAUUUAUUACAUAUUUUAGUAUAGUAUAUUUAAGAAAGACUGCGCUAAGAUGUCAUUAACCUCCUUUAAUUGCAAUUUUUAAGUUGACAUCCUUAAGCACAUAUUAUUUGAAGAAGCAUG